CCCGCCCACUUCAUUUGUUCUUGUUUUGCGGUAGUCUGUUUGCGUCUGUUUUUGCUGGGUCUUGGUCACGACGGGCUUUGUUGCUUCUUUGCCUUGCCCCCGUUACUGUCACUGCGCAGCGUUGUAUUGUGAGUGUGUAGCCGGUUGUGCCAGUCUGUCGCCCCUUGUGCGUAGCCGGCUUUGUUUUCUCUUUUUGUAGGAUGGGAUGCUGUUCGACCUCCUCGACUACCAAGCCACGCGGGGGUAUUGGUGUUUCGUACUCCUCCCCCCGUGGUACACCAACCAUGAUCUAUCCGAGCGUUCGGGCGGGUCGUCGGUCUUCCCCCUCGACCAGUUUCCGGUGGUCGAGUGUGGUCGUAUGGUAUCCCUUGUGAGACAGGCGCGGCGACGCCAAGCGUCGCAUCAAAUGAUCGGAGGACUGCGACAAGUGUGCAUCAGCUUUUAGUAUGUGCUAGUCUAUGCACACGACGAUAUUUAAUAGAAAAGAAUCAAUGGACAAGAACGCCUUCUCGUCGAACAGAUGGACAAACUUGCUCUCCGUUUUUGUGGGAGCAUCUUGUUCUUUUCUGUAUUUUGCGACGAUAUCCGACAGAGCUUUAAUAGAGGACCAACUUCGAAUCCUAGUUGUCAGCGAUAUCCACGAUAACGCGGACCAGGUCUCCAAGCUGGUUGCAGCGUCUCAAGAAAAGGGAAGUCGAAGUAGAGGCAGCCACGAUUACGUAUUUGUACUUGUUAUGCCAACAGAUUUACCGACUUUUUUUCGUUCUAUUUGGUACUCGACAAAGCUUUCGAUUACGUAUUUGUAGUUGUUAUGCUAACAGAUUUACCGACUUUUUUUCGUUCUAUUUGGUACUCGACAAAGCUUUCGAUUACGUAUUUGUACUCGUGGUUAUGCUAAGAAGUUUACAGUUGCGAUUCUUCUUAGUAUAGUUCUAGUUGAAACUGGUAAAACCAAAAAGGAUUUUCGGAAAAGCGACUGCCCGUCUGGCCCUCACAUACUCCUACUUCUUAAACAUCGACAUCAUGAUCAUUCUGCUCUUUCAAGAAGUGUAAAUAGGUCAAAUGCCAAUUCAUGAUCUUCAAUCCCCUUCGCGCCUGAGUGGAUGAGUGUCGCACCUUCAUCUCUCCUGCUCUAAAAUACGCGACUUCUGUAA